AUGCAGCAGCGGCAGCUCAUGAAGCUCCUGGCGCUCAGCGCCGUCGCGGUCGUCGUGCUGUCCGCCGGCACGGCCGUGUCCACCUGCGACAAGCUCAAGGUCGGCCACUACAGGCAGUCGUGCCGGAACGCCGAGUCCGUCGUGCGCGACACCGUCAAGUACUACUUCUCCCGCGACCAGACCGUCACGGCGCCAUUGCUGAGGCUCCACUUCCACGACUGCUUCGUCAGGGGAUGUGACGGGUCGGUGCUGCUCAACGCGACGGCGGCGAGCGGGCCGGCGGAGAAGGACGCGAUGCCGAACCAGAGCCUCGACGGCUUCUACGUCAUCGACGCCGCCAAGGCGGCGCUGGAGAAGGAGUGCCCCGGCGUCGUGUCCUGCGCCGACAUCUUGGCCUUGGUAGCCAGGGACGCCGUCUCCAUGGCGGCCGGGAACAUCAGUGGCCCUAGCCUCUGGCAAGUCCCGACGGGGCGGCUCGACGGCCGCGUGUCGUCGGCGGCGGAGGCCGUGGCCAACCUGCCGUCCUCCUUCGCAGAUUUCGCCGCGCUCAAGCUGAACUUCGCUAAGAAGGGCCUAAAUGUGAAAGACCUCGCGAUCUUGUCAGGUGCUCACGCCAUAGGCAAUUCACACUGCGUCUCCUUCGCCAAGCGGCUCUACAACUUCACCGGCAAGGGCGACGCCGACCCGACCCUCGACGUCCACGGCUACGCAGCGCUCCUCCGCGCCGCCUGCCCGCCGCAGUUCGACAGCGCCACCACCGUCGAGAUGGUGCCGGGGAGCUCGACGACGUUCGACACGGACUACUACAAGCUGGUGGCCAGCCACAGGGGGCUGUUCCACUCUGACCAGGCGCUGCUCCAGGACGGGGAGGCAGCUGCGAUCGUGGCCGCCAUGGCGAGCACGACCAAGCAGGACUUCUUCCGCCGGUUCGCGGUGUCCAUGGUGAGGAUGGGCAACGUUGGAGUGCUCACUGGAACCGCAGGCGAGAUCAGGAAGAACUGUGCCAUGGUUAAUUAG